AUGAAGUUCAUUGCUACUGCUUCUGCCGUAGCGGCAUGUCUCGCUGUGGUAUCUGCACAGCCAGUUCAGCUCGCUAAGCGCGCUCCCAUCGCCACUGAAACCUUCGUCAGCGACGGUCGAACCUGGGUUGAGGUAAUUGAAGGUGCUACACAGACCGUCACACGAACAACCACCGUCACUGUUCCAAACUAUGUCGCCACCACCAUCGCCAGAAGCGCUUUCAUUGUCGGCUCUGUGGCCAACCUUACCUCGGCUGUUGAAGCUGAUGGACGCUUCCAGGAACUCGUUUCCAGACUCGUACCUGAAGCUGCCACCACCAGCGAAACACAAUUGAUUGUCUUUGCUCCCGGCGGUCCUUUGACUCUCACUCCCAAUGCCCCUGGUGGCCGUAUCACUGGUCCUCCCGGUGCUGGCUCCGCAGCUCCAACCGCUGAAAUCCCUACCACUGCUCCUCCUCCUCCUCCUACUGGAGGUGCUCCUACUGCUCCAGAAGGUGAAACCCCUCCUCCAGAAGGUGAAACUCCUCCUCCGGAAGGUGGAGCUACUCCUCCUCCGGAAGGUGGAACUGCUCCUCCUGCGGAAGGUGGAACACCUCCUCCAUAGACGGUUACUCUAUUGCGAACCUUUUAUCGAAAUACAUCACACACCCACAUUUACCUUUUAUAAGCUAGACCGCCU